UCAUCCAGUCUCUCCUUCACCCAAGGGCUUCUCCUCGGCCAACUCUCCGUCGUAAUCCUUAUCGGUGCAUUCAUCAAGUUCUUCAUAUUCGGCGACCCUCCUUCUCCAGACGUAACAGCCGCCCUGCGAGCAACAGAACGACGAUCCCGAACCCUCGCUCACAAACGCUCUCUCCUCUCCCUCCGCACAUCUACUCCAAAACAUCCUUCACUCUCCAAGAAGCGCUCAAGUGUUCUACGAGCUCCACCGCAACUCACUACGAAUACGAUCCUCAGCAAGACAUACUACAAUGUGGAUAGUCAUCAACCAGAGAGCUUGGAUUGGUUCAAUGUCCUCAUAGCACAAACAAUCGCACAAUUCCGCAGCGAUGCACAGCACGACGACGCAAUCCUGACAUCUCUUACAAAAGCAUUGAAUGGGACCACACGGCCGGACUUUUUGGACGAGAUUAAGGUCACGGAGCUAAGUCUAGGAGAGGAUUUCCCAAUUUUCAGCAAUUGCAAGAUCACUCCUGUGGACGAGGAUGGCUCGAGUGCUGCUGGCAGAGGAGAAGGGCCUGGAGGUGUGCCUAGAGAACAUGGCAGAUUGCAAGCACGGAUGGAUGUUGAUCUUAGUGAUUUUAUCACGUUGGCACUCGAGACGAAGCUCCUGCUCAAUUAUCCCAAGCCGCUGGUUGCGGUGCUACCAGUUGCUUUGGCGGUGAGUGUUGUGAGAUUCAGUGGAACGUUGUCUAUCAGCUUCAUACCUGGGAGUCCGCUGAAUGCUACCAUGUUGGCGUUUAGUUUCUUGGACGACUAUAGGUUGGAUCUUUCUGUCAGGAGUUUGGUGGGUAGUAGGUCGAGGUUGCAGGAUGUACCGAAGAUUGCUCAGUUAGUUGAGGCAAGGUUGCAUACCUGGUUCGAUGAGAGAGCUGUCGAGCCACGGUUUCAGCAGAUUGAGUUGCCUUCUCUGUGGCCAAGGAAGAAGAAUACCAGAGGAGGGGAAGAUGCACCAUCUGAGCCGGCAAGCAUUAGUCGAGCGAAGGGAAAGGAGAUGGAAAGAGACUUGAGAGAAGAAGCGAGGAAAGAGGUCGAGGCUGAGAGCAGAGCUGCAAGAGCUGCAAGAGCAGAAGUCGACAGGAUCGAGCAGGAGGGCCUACGAUGGCGAAGACGAGCUAUGGGUGAGGAAUAUACUAUGCCGGGAAGCAUGCCUGGGAGUCUGCCGGGUAUGAAUAUGGCAUGA